AAAAAAAAAAACUUAUUAUAUCAUAUAAUCCAAAUUAGGAAACAAAACCGUCAUUAAAAUAAGCCCCUCCUGGGGUAUUUUAGCCAUUUCGUGUAGGACAAUAGGACACGAGAGCACCACGCGCCGCUUCAGCGUGUGUAGCUCCGAUCGUCUUCUUCCUCCUCUUCCAGACUUGCAGUAUUCCCACCAAACCCUAUUCCUCAAAAGUAAAAAGGGUUUUUGCAUUUUAACCUGUUCUAAUCUAUUUUAUCGGAUUUUUAUUUGAUUUGGGAAAAAUUAGAAAAUAGAAAGCACAGCCGACACAAUGGGUCAGGCGCUUCGCCGAGCUGCUGGAAGAACACGAUCCACUUCGACCGUCGAGACGACGUCGUCAAAACCAAAGACCGUCGUCGUCGAUCAUCGGCCUCCUCCGGUUCCCCCCGAACGGCCCGAGAUCUCCAAGGUCGGCGGCGCUAUUGAUUCUGAUGGCAGUGCAGGAACAGGAGGAGCAGUCGAAAAUGUGCUUGAAGAGCGAGAUCCAAAUUACGAUGCCAUGCUCAAUCAAAUGGUGGGUAGGAUCAAAUCAAAGCCUGGAGGCAAAUUGGAAAUGGGUGAGGCAUUUGUGGUGGAAAAGUAUAAGAGGCCUCUACCAAAACUGAGGGAUACGAAACCCGAUUCCGGCAGUUAUGAGGAGAGGCCUACUCCGCCGGGGACUCUGAAUGUAGCACAGCUGCGCCACAUCAUCCUGCUGCAUCAGGGCAAGGCUGAGGAUCACAAUGGCCGCAUGGAGCCGGACCAAAUUGCUGAAAAGUUCCGGGUUGAUGUUGCCGAGGUUCGGAGGAUCUUGCAGUUUGUAUCACUGCCUCCGGAGGAUAGCAGCGGCAAUCAGAAGAACAAUCGUUGAAGAAGGCACAGACAGAUAGCUCCGUCGACCAUUCUCCUUCGCAACACUGUCACUUCUAGUUGGAUUUUCUGUUGAAUAAGGAUGGCUCGCAUACAAGUUUGAAAAUGUUAUGAGAAAUCAUGUGAAAUCUUUGUGAUUCGGGGAAUCCAUACAUUGGAAAAAACGUGUAGGAAAUUUUGUACCUCGUGUUUGAGGCAUUUCGAUUGCAACACGAAUUGAGAAUCUUUUUACCUAAACUUCAUGUCUGAGAUUGUUCCAAAUGCAAGGGAAAAAUUCGCGUUU